AUGAAUAAACUAUAUUGUUUACACAGACAGAUGAACAUGAACGAAAAAAUGACACAGAUUGGGAGCCCCCAGAAAGACACACACCUCAACACAGUGAUUAGACUCCCCUUGAAAAAUGCGCAGGGGGUGAAAGACAAAUGGGGAUAUGUACCAUUCUUGGUAAGCAGCAAAAAUAAGGAUAUUCAAAAAAAUAGUGAGGAUGAGGAAAAAAAAAUGGACCAUUUGGAACACUCCCAAGAACACGUGGUAGUACCCCCCCGGGAUGAGCGCGAAAAGUACAACGAGUUCUUCGAGGCCAAAAUGUACUUACCUCCACUGCGCGCCAGCAAAAGAGAAUUAAAUUUUUUUUUCAAAAUUUUAUCCAACGCAAUGGAAAAAAAUAAUAAAAGUAAUAUCUACAUAAGUCUGAUGAACAUCCUAUGCAAAAACUUCCCAUCUUACAUCGGGCUAUUUGCACACAUGUGGUUACAAUGCAAAGUGCUAUUGGCGGAGAAAUUAAUUUUAAUUGAAUUUUUCAGGCAGCUAAAAAUAAACUCUGAAAUAAUCAACCAUUUUUUUAAUUACGGUUAUGACUCGUUCGAAACGAUAUUGUCAAUAACGCCACAGGAAUUGACAAAUAUUCAGGAGUUUAACAAAGUCACUUGGCUUCCUGGACAUACGUUUCGGUUAAAAAUGAUUUUCUCUCAAAUCGAGAAAUAUUUUAAUUUGUUCAUUCAACAGAACGAUGAUUAUGUUCAGAAAAUUAAAAAAUUUAUUUUAAGCAAAAGGAAAAAAACGGAACUGACUAUGCAGUUGUCCCUGGAGCGGCAACAGAACGACCGCGGCGAGUACAGGACAGCGCACCUUUCGAACAUGCUUUACCUAUCUGCGCUUUUCCUCACUCGCGUUGUACUCCCCGUUGGCCUCUUCCAUGUGCUUCUCUUUUUCCACCUCCCACAACUGCUGCGCCCCUCAUCAUGCUACCAACUCUGGAGGUCCGCAAGUGACUCCCCGGGCAAACCCUUUUGCCAGAACAAAUUCGAAAAUUAUGAACAGGUCAGAAAAAAAAACUCCCUUUUUUCUCUUAAUUUAAAAUGUGUGCAAGGAGCAGGCGCAAAUAAAACAACGGAGUCACCCCGGGAGGGUAAAGCAAAAGUGUCCAUUCUGAUUACCUCUCCGGAGGGCGCCAAAAUUUACAGAUUUGUCACCAUACUGCUUAUCUACAAUUUGCUAAAAAGAGAAGCGGAAGAAGAUUCCCCGCUGGAAAGAAGUCACCACGUGGAUAACGACGCAGCAAAUGAAGUCCUGAACUUCCCCAUAGUAUCCAUCGGCAAAUCCUGCAAUGCUGUCCUCAACAAUGAUGGAACAAGAAGGGACCUGUACGACAUGUUCCAGACUGUAGUGAAAGAAUUCCCAAAGUGCAAAAUAAAUCAGCAGCAGUUCCACCAACUUAACAAAACCGUUAAGAGUUUGAACGUCAUUUUCACCCCCAGUAAGGCCAAUUCGGUAACCCUCCACAGGGAAUUAACUGCCAAUUUGGCGAAGCACAAAGGGGAGGGGUCCCUCAACGAUGAGAACAUCAUCUGGGUUGCCUCAUCCAUUAGCAAGUCCAAUUUUAGCGACAAAAAAAGUGGUGAGUUUCCCCCGUUGGGCAGGAAGUACGAAGAAGAAGAACCAGAAGAAGGGAGCCGCUUAACCAUCACAAGAAUCAACUGCUAUGAUACCAAAAAAGUUACAUACAAUAAAAACCAAAUUGAGAUCGGCAAAAACUCCAUUAUAUGCCUUAUGAGCAACAGCACGGUGACUUCCUUUUUCCAAAAUUUUGGAAAUGAUUUUGCUGCCACCCUCUGCAUGGGAAGAAAUUCAUACAUGCUCGCAAAAGAACUAAAUUUCAAACAGGUCUAUUAUCCGGAAGACUCAAAAAUGGAGUCCUUUCUGAUCAUGUUAAUCAAAUUGUACAACGAAUUACGAGAUAGAUUCGGCACACAGUAUGAUAUUGUGCUGACACGAGAGAAAGGCAAAAAUGACUACUUGGGGAGAGCCCUCACUGCGCAGCGGAUUCCCUACCGAGUUGUGCCAUGUAUAAGGACACACUAUCACGGCGAAGGGAUUCGCUUGCUUUACUCCAUCCUCUCAUCGCAGGUGUAA